GGUCAGUCGCGCCUCAUCUCCCUCCUCCCUACAGCGGUGGAGGAACUGAUGCUUUUCAGCGCGCCUGGAUGGUGCAUGUGUGUACUUGUCAUAGUAGAGUAGACAGGCUGUUCGGUUUGGGUUAUAAAUUGAACAUCACUGUCUGUGGUCUUUCCUGUAGAUAAAUAUCGGUUCACCGAUCGUGUCCAUCUGUAACUCGAGUAGAGUAAUGUUCCUUGUAGACCAGCUGUAGCCUGGACCGGCAAGCCUGCAGCAAGAUGAGCUCGGAGGAGCGCGGCUCAGCCAUGUCACAGAAAAUCUCCUCCCUGUCACGCAGCAACAGCAGCUCUUCGUCCAAGCAUGAAAGCCGACAGGACAGCUGGGAAAUAGUGGAAGGCCUGCGAGGAAGCUUCAGCAAUGUCCAGGAGCCUCAGAAACAGGAGGGGUAUAUGAUGAAGAGAAGAAAGUGGCCACUGAAGGGCUGGCAUAAGAGAUACUUUUUCCUCGACAAGGGUAUCCUUAAGUAUGGCAAAUGCAGUGCUGAUAUUGAGAAAGGGAAACUGCAUGGUUGUAUUGAUGUGGGUCUCUCUGUCAUGGCCAUUAAGAAGAAGGCCAAGUGCAUUGAUCUUGAUGCCGAAGAAAACAUCUAUCACCUGAAGAUUAAGUCUCAGGAGCUGUUUGAUGAAUGGGUAUCCAAACUGCGCCACCAUCGCCUCUAUCGGCAAAAUGAGAUUGCCAUGUACCCUAAUGAGAAGUCCUUAUACUAUCCUCACUACCCCUCCCCCAACUCUCCUGGCAUCAUCGAGGGCCCCCCGAUUAGAAAGUGCAUGUCUAUACGAAGGCAGUCCACAGUGCAUCAUGCUGGAGUGUUCCCUUUAAACUCCAACAGCCAGGCCAAGGUUGCCGCCUGGCUCCAGUCAUCUGACGACAUGGACAAAUGCUCCAAAGACUUAUCAGUAUGUGAGGCCUAUCUUCUAGAGCUUAACCACCUGCUUCAGAGUAUGGAAGUAAUUCACCGGACCUAUUCUGCUCCAUCCAUCCAAGCACUGCAGACAAAUACAUUUGACAGUCCCAAAAAAGAAAAGAGACUUCCAAGGAAGUGGCGCACUAAAAACUACAACAAAGAUGUCAAAACAACUCUGCAGGUACCGAGCUGCAUCUCCUCCGGCUCUAUCCGCCUUCAUGCCUCUAACCCCAACCUCUCCACUGCUGCAAUGAGUAACGAUAAAGCCGACCCUGAAUCCCUGGACUCCCCUUUUGAUGUGGCCAAGCUGCAGGAAGAUUUCUGCCGUGUUGCCACCAACUUGCAGACAACCAUGAAGUCAGCCCUGAGCGCACUAACAUCAGAGAGAGAGAGAUUAAAACAAUGCCUGGAUCACGAAACAUGCCCCCCCACCUCUCCACAAGUUGUGAAUUUGAAGAACACGCUGGCUGCGGCUUUAGCCCAGAACGCAGAGCUGAGAGAACGGCUGUGCAAGAUUCAUGCUGAGUCCCACAUCACAGAGCCCACACUAAUAACUCUCACUGCCCCUGUGCAGGUGGAUGUGUGCAUCUUCCAAAAACAGGAAUCUGUGGAUGAAGCCCAUCCCCUCGUACACCAAGUAUCCAAUGAGAGCAGAGCUUCAAUCGCAGAGUCUCUGUCCGAGUUCUUUGACGCGCAGGAGGUUCUGUUAUCUGCUAGCUCUUCUGAAAAUGAGGUAUCCGAGGAUGACUCAUAUAUCAGUGACAUUAGUGACAACAUUUCCAUAGACAAUUUCAGUAAUGAGACUGAAAGUGAAAGACCAAACUCAGGGUCUGUGGAAGAAGGUGCUGUUCUUUAUCGGCGUAGAUCCUGUCUGCCCACACCCAGCCCAAGCAACAGCUCCAUCAGCCUGUGGAACAUCCUCAGGAACAACAUAGGCAAAGACCUUUCCAAGGUGGCAAUGCCUGUGCAACUUAAUGAACCACUCAACACCCUACAGAGACUGUGUGAGGAGAUGGAGUAUAGCGAGCUGCUAGACAGGGCUGCCAACACACAGGACCCUUUUGAACGUAUGAUAUACAUCGCUACUUUCGUUGUGUCUGGUUAUGCAUCCAGCUACUACAGAACUGGGGGAAAGCCUUUCAAUCCUGUCCUCGGAGAAACAUAUGAAUGUGACCGGCCGGAUAAAGGCUUUCGAUUUGUGGCAGAGCAGGUCAGCCAUCACCCACCAAUCUCGGCUUGCCAUGCAGAGUCUAAAAACUUUGUGUUUUGGCAAGAUGUGAGGUGUAAGAACAAGUUCUGGGGAAAGUCAAUGGAGAUUGUUCCUGUGGGUACCACUCAUGUAACUCUGCCAGGGUUUGGAGACCAUUAUCAGUGGAACAAGGUAACAUCCUGCAUCCACAACAUUCUCAGUGGACAGCGCUGGAUUGAGCACUAUGGGGAGAUCACCAUCAGAAACUCCAGCAGUGAUAUUUGUCAAUGCAAGAUCACUUUUGUUAAGGCCAAAUACUGGAAUUCAAGUGUAAAUGAGGUGGAAGGAACUAUCACAGAUAAUAAAGGAAAGGUUGUCCACAGACUCUUUGGAAAGUGGCAUGAAGCAGUUUUCUGUGGAGACCCGCCUUCAGCUACAUGCAUCUGGAGAGCAAAUGCAAUGCCAGCAGACUAUGAGCAGUACUAUGGCUUUACAAAGUUUGCAAUUGAGCUAAAUGAGUUGGAACCAGCCAUGAAACUGCUGCUACCACCCACAGACACCAGACUACGAGUGGACCAAAGAUUGCUGGAGGAGGGGAAGUUGGAGGCUGCAGAGGAACAUAAGCAGAGGAUUGAACAGCUGCAGAGAGACAGACGGAGAGCCCUGGAAGAGAACAAUGCAGCACAUCAACCUAAAUUUUUCAGGAAGGCAAAGGAUGAUACCUGGGUGAGUAACAACACAUACUGGGAGCUGAGGAAAGACCCUGGCUUUGCCCACACAGAUUUUCCUACACUGUGGUGACCGUGAGCUGCAGAUCAUACAAACAUUUGGACCUGCACAGCCUCUACUGUGACCUGUGAUCCAGACUGGCUCUGGAGAUGUCUGUAUCUCAUUCUGACCAUCCAUAUUCAGUACUGGUCUUCUGUAUUGGAGUUCAUCAGAGUUAUUGCCUUAAUAGCAAGUGCUUAUGUAAGUUGUGUGAACACAUUUAUGCAAGCAUAUUAUGAGAAUGUCGCUCAAUUUACAGUAGGCCAUUUUUUUUUUGCCUGCAUUCCACAUAUUAUGUUGUGCUAAAUCUUUUAAACUAAGAAAAGAGGAAAGCUACUUGGUAUAAAGGAUGACAAAACAUUUCAUAGUUUAUCUACACUAGCUUAAAAUGUACUGAUCAACUGGUCAUGCUGGUUGUCAUCUUACCAUGGAAUUUCUCUACCUCUGAGAUAAACUAGCCUUGAUAUGCCAUUGACUGAGUGUAAACAUCCAAUAUUUAUUCUGCAUCUGCCUGAUGCCUUACUGGCUGUACUCACACUUGUUUAAUUUAUUUUGUUGUACCUCCCAGAUGUUUAAAAAAAUUUAUGUUUCGUAAGGAAUUCUUGCUAACAAAAUAUUGUGCAAAUGAUCUCUGAAUCCUUACUGAAGUGGUCUUUCUGUCUCUUAAAGAGUAACUACUGCUUUUUUGCUAUGAAUGUGUGAAUGAUUGUGCAACUAUGAGCAGCUGUAGCAAACUCAGCCAUAUCUUUUUCACUUUAUUCAGCGCACCAUUGUCUAUAUGGACCCUGGGCUGUGGGACCAAAAAAACAAGAAAAAUGUCCAGAACUAUGCUC